AUGAUAUGCAGCGACGAUCCUAAUCAGCAUCCGCGCCACCAAAACACCAUCGAUUUCCCUUCCAAUCAGUCACCUGACUCUCCAAAGCCCGCUUCUCCCAUUCCCGAUGGUAGCAACAGCAGCCACGGGGGUCGGAAACGUGGCCACAAAAAGAGCAAUGCCUUCUGCCACCUCGAGGCGGGAGCUGAGGAGGCCGAAGAAGUAGAAAUCGCCUAUCCCGUCAACUCUAUAGCUCUAGAACCAGCACAACAGUUUGUGCCUUCCUGGCAGUUUGAACAACCCGGAUUUCCCGUCUACGCCACUGGACAUGAAGCACAGUACCCUGGACUAUUUCCACCACACCAAAACUUCCUCGCUGUCAAUCAUGUACUCCCUUGGAAUCCGGAAAGUGAUGAGACCUGGAAGAGCGCCUCUCCCUUUCCUCCCGAGGCCUACACUCAAUUCCCGACAACUGAGUACAAUCCAUGCUGGUCAAGAAGCUCACAGGGAACUCAGUCCCUAAUCAUUGAAGAGACCAAACCUGAUCUUUUACUCUACUCGAUACCGCGAUCUGAAAAUGUCUAUGAGACGGCCUUUAGAGGUCAAACCGGAGAAUCUAAUCAGCACACAUUUCAGGCUCCCGAAAUGGAGGAGUAUAUUGCGCAAGGUGAUGAGAUGAAGCCUCCAUACCCCUUUCCCUUAAAUGGUCAUUUGCCACUGGUACAUUUCCAGCCCGAAGACCACUCUACUGCCACAAUUUCAACCUCCUCUCUGGAGUCUGAUCUGAAUGCCACCAAUAACUCAGGCAGUGAGCCUGAGACCAAGCUAAACCACCUCCUACGCACGGCUGGCAUUGAAUCACUUCCACUGUGCUUUAAGGAUGGAGAAGGUUGGAACACCUCUCCAUAUAUUGCUCCACCUCAAGUGCAGCAUCAACCACCGCCACCGCCUCCUCCUACAAAUGUGGCUAAUCCACCGCUCUCCGAGCAGCUAUCGUCGGUGCUACCGAACACAGAAGUUGGCAACAUGAAGUCACCGAGUGAGGACGCUCUUUCCACUGGAUUCCCCCUCCUCCCACCUUUUUCGCUUCCUGCUGCCUACAGACUCAUCCCACCAACUGAAACCGCCGAUUUUGACCUCUCCCAGGUGGGCACUGCAUCGUCACCUAACUCAGGAGGUGAGAACCUCUCUCAACCUCAGGAAGAAUUUCCCUCUUCAGACGAUCUAGAACACUUUGCGAAGCUCUUCAAACAACGACGGAUCAAAAUGGGCUACACGCAAGCAGAUGUUGGUCUAGCUCUUGGCACUCUUUAUGGGAAUGUCUUCAGCCAGACGACCAUCUGUCGUUUUGAAGCACUACAACUAUCAUUUAAGAAUAUGUGCAAACUGAAACCUUUGCUGCAGAAGUGGCUCCACGAGGCAGACUGUUGCACUAGCACAACAAGUAACUUCGACAAGGUGACUACUCAAGGAAGAAAGCGAAAGAAGCGCACAAGCAUUGAAGUGGGAGUAAAAGGGGUACUGGAGGGCCACUUCAUUAGGCAGCCGAAACCAGCGGCGCAGGAUAUCACCAACCUGGCAGAUACCCUUGGACUAGAAAAAGAGGUUGUAAGGGUGUGGUUUUGCAAUCGACGUCAGAAGCAGAAGCGUCUUAAUCCGGCGGCCUUUGAGAAUGGCGGCGAUUUGAGCGAGAAUUCGCUUCGCGGUGGGGAGGGUGGAUCGGGUUACAGCACUCCCCCCUUCUGUGGUGGCGGAGCUGAUGGGACGCACCAGAUGGUCAAUUCGCCCUACCCCAACGGUGGAGGCUUCUUCCAUGAGAACGCGUCGGCUCUCUACUUCGAGGGUGGUUUCCCUCAGCAGAGCACAGCAGAGGCUUGUGAGUAUCCCUCCCAGGCACCACCAUCGCAACCUCCUUCGCAUUCCUCUUGCUUGGUGCUGGCUACGCCUCCUGACUAUCUUCUGCCUCAUCUGCAAUCCGUCGAUAAACCGCCUGAGGUAGUGACGCCGUACCCUACAGCCACACUGCCUGAAACAGCGAUAUACUCAGUUUAA